UUUCUCCGCCCACACAGGAACUAUGGCGGUACAUUCUUUUUUCUUUUAGUAAAGACAAUGAAUAUUGUUAAUGUUCUCUCCUUCUUUUGAGGCAUUGUAGUGAAAAGAACUGACUGAUCUGCCGCAUUUACCAGUGCCAAGUACUACUCCACAAUGUCCGGCUGGUUUAGGAAGAAGAAAGAGAAAGACCGUAAACCAAAGCCCGGCUCUAGCAAAGGAGCUGACUAUGACGUCCACCUCCUCUCACAUCAUCAGCGGGCACUCUCCUCCAGCUCUUUAGAAGGAGCGAGAGAUGACAUUAUACCUUCCCCUUCAUCCAGCGAGCAGCAGCUAACCAUACAGCAGACUGCCCGGACGGGAAGUACCUCUCCUUCCUUUCCCUCUCAGACCUCAAGCAGCGUCAGUCUUCACACUAGAGACUCCUCCACUUCAGUCAAAGCUAAGAAAGAAUUAUACGAGAGCCUCUCGAAAGGUUCUACGCCAGAGAAGUCUCUCUCUCCAAGCCGUUCGUCUCUUUCUCGACCAAUCAAUAGGUCAGUGUCUUCGUCGUCGACUCCUCUUCAUGAAUCUUACAAGAGACAUAGUUCCUCUUCUCAGGUCUCUCCCACAAAGUCGUACAGAGAUAACAACUUAUCGAUGCUACUGGACAUGUCUGACCUCUCUCUGUCACAGGCCAAGGAGUUUAAAGGGGUUGUCCUGGAGCUGCCGCCAUUACGAACAAGCUCUGUUAAACAACGUGACGUUCUGGCCGUAAAGAACCCUGCACUUGGUGGGUUUGGGUUCAACCUUCGUAAAUCCUUUCAGCCUGAUCCAGAUAAUCCCGAUAAUACCAUAUUAGUGCAUUUGGUGGAGCCACGCCCAUCCUACAUAGGUCCGCUGAUGUCAGGUGACAGGAUACUAGAGGUCAAUGGGGAGGUGGUAGUUAAUUCGCCACAUGAGCGCGUGGUGGAUCUCAUAAAGCUGUCUGGGGAUCAAGUUAAUUUCAAAGUGGCAUCAGUCCCGGAAUUAAUUGAGUUGAACGAGAGAGGCGUGUUUGAUGAUUCCCGUACGUAUAAUGCUGACUUGAUGAAGAAGAGCAUUAAACUAGGAGCGGGGACUUUGAGGAAGAAAGCAGCUCAAAGGAGGCAAUCCAUUAGUGUCUUUCAGGCUAAAACUGAAGGUCAGUUACAGUCGGAGAGGAGUAUGUUAUCUCACAACAGUCACUGGCUUAUACAUAAAAAUGGCUUCUCACUAGUGCAACUUUCUGAUAGCAAAGAGAACAGCUUAUCAGCUCAUGUUAACUACGUCAGAUCACAAGGUCUCCACGUUCGUGUGGUCAACACAGGUGAAUAUCUUCAAGUAGAAGAGACUGAUAUUGAGCGCGUUAAUCCGCCUGAUCUUGAUCGUGUUGAAGAUAUCAUUGAUUUGGUUCAUCUCAAUGAAUCAAGUGUUCUACACGUUUUAAGACAGAGAUAUGGUUCAUCCCUGAUACAUACCUUCUCUGGACGCCAUUUGAUAAUUAUUAACCCUUUGAGACACCUCUCACUGUAUAGCGAUAGGGUGAUAGAAAUGUUCAGAGGUUGUCGUAAGGAAGAUAUGCCUCCUCACGUCUUUGCUUCAGGACAGCAAGCGUAUUACCACAUGGUCCACAACCAACAGGAUCAGUCCAUUCUUUUGACUGGUGUCUCCGGCUCUGGGAAGACAUUCAACGCCAGAUAUUUAUUGAGAUAUUUAGCAACGGUUGGGUUCAAUGAUGGAUCACACAUUAGUAGUGCUAAAUUAGAUGCCGUCCAGCUGUUACUGCAUGCCUUCACUAGUGCUAGUACUUAUCUUAACCCUCAGGCAACUCGCUGCUCUGUCCUCUAUUCACUCGAAUUUGAUUCCAUUGGAUCAUUAACAGCUGCUUCCGCCAGGAUUUUUCUGUUGGAGAAGAGCAGGGUAUCCUUAAGACCAGAUGGAGAAUUAAAUUUCAACAUUUUCUAUCAGCUUCUCGCUGGAAUCACCAACGAUGAAAAUUUAAAACGGGAGCUCCUGCUUGAUGCUGACCCAGGGACUGAGGAACCAAACCAGUACAUUGAACCGUAUUCAGAUGCCCAACAGAUUGAGAGUGCGGCCAUUGUGUGGGACCUGAUCUUGAACUGUUUGAAUAUUCUUGACAUCAACGAUGAAGAGGCUUAUGGCCUCUGGUCAAUACUGGCAGCCAUUUACCACCUGGGGUAUGCUGGAGUCAAACAAGGUACUGGUAGAGCUACUGAGCGGUUCAUUAAUCCUGGAGCAGCUGCCAGAGCAGCUGUUCUGCUGGGUGUACCUCAUGAAGAAUUAGCUAAAGAUAUCUUCAACCCUCCAAGGGGAACAAGCUCUAGAAUGUCUUCAGCAUUGACAUCAUCACUCUCAACCUCUCCCAGCAUAUCUGAAACCAGUUCUAUAAACCUGUCAAUCGGGUCCUUCAAUAUAUCCCCGGGGACUGCUAGAGCCAAUCGCUCAUACUCUCUUGAUGCGUUUGUGAUGGGACUCUAUGACCAGGCAGUUAAUUCACUAUUGUAUUUAAUUAACAGAUCGUUGCAAGCGUCUAAUAAAUCCAAAGGAAAGAACCUCAUACACAUACUGGACACUCCUGGUUUUCAAAACAGAGAAACAGCUGGAGCCAGUGAAGGAUCCUCCUUUGAUGAACUCUGCAUGAACUACACAAGGGAGAGGCUACAGAUGUUAUUUCAUGAUUUUGUUUUUACUUCCGAACAAGAGCGCUACCUUCAAGAGGACAUCGACUGGCUCUUUACAGAAUUUGUCCUCUCCCCAUUAUCAGUAAUAGACAUCAUCGAUAAACACGUCCCUCAGCGUCGUGGGGCAUUUCAAGGUCUUGAGUUGAACGACAAGAAGGGGUUGCUAUGGUUACUGGAGGAAGAGUCAAUGUAUCCUAGCUCCUCCGACCUGACGUUCCUCGAGAAAGUUAAUACCAUAUAUGGAGAAGAGGAUGAAUAUGGUGUUAUACCAGUAAAAGUCAAUCUUGACAAAGGUCAGUUCACUAUAGUCCAUUGCCAGAGGACGCAGCCGAUCACGUAUGACGUUAAUGGGUGGAGACUAAAAGUUAGGGAACACCCCUCCACUCGUGUUGUUACGUCACUUUUGAGUGAGUCUAAGAACUCUGGAAUAGCCUCAUUAUAUCACGGGAGGGGUGUGGCUAGUACUGGCCAUGCCUCCUCUUAUAAGGAUCCUCAGCAGUCGUCUCGUUUGUCAAGGCACCCCAGCUUUAGCAACCCAACAGCUGGUAUUAAGAAGUCAUCUCUUUGCUUGAAAACUAAAUUUCAACUUGAUUUUGUCAUUGACACUUUAAGGAAGACCAACCAGUGGUACAUUAUCUGUAUACUGUGUCAGCCAUCUUACCACUUACCUGGUGCAAUACUCCACCCAUCAAUCAAUAACGAAGAGGCUCCACCCAUCCAGGGACAUAUUGAUGUACCUCUAGUUCGGACUCAAUUAAGACAAGCUGAUAUAAUUCCAGCUGCUAGGAUGUACAAACAAGGUUUCCCUGAGCAUCAGUUGUUCCCUUCUUUCUGCCGUAAGUUCUCUUCGCUCCUUAGUCCUGACGAGAAGUCGAAUCUUCCAUUAAACGAUAAAGAUGCAGUUGAAUAUAUCCUGCUGGGUCUUGAACUGGAUAAGAAUAGUUAUAAAAUAGGUCUCAGCCAGAUAUUCUUUAAAGCCGGGGUUUUAAGUUCUUUGGAUAAACAGGUCGAAGAGAAGACUCAUGAUCUGAUGGUUUUGUUCCAGUCUUACUGUCGCGGGUGGCUGGGGAGGAAGAGGAGGGAGAAGCUUGAACUACAACAUGCAGCUGCUCACGUCAUUCAAAGGAACAUCAUCCAACACGAGAUCAUAAACGAAUGGUCCUGGUGGAAACUGCUGCAAAAAGUAAAGCCAUUACUUGCCGUUUGGAAAGCUGAAGAAGUUGUGAAAAAGAAAGAAUCUGAAAUUAAAACUCUUAAAGAGAAAAUAGAAAAGAUUGAGGAAGAGAGAAACGUCCUCAAAGACUCAGAAGGAAGACUAGCGGAAAAAGUGAACGUAUUAACACAGCAGCUGCUUGAGGCACAGGAGACGGCUCAGCAUGUGACUGAGUUAUUGGAGCAGGAACAGAUCGACAGACGAGCUUUACAGGAGCAAAAUCAGGACGUCACAUCGACGGAGGACGAACUCAUUAAAAGGAACGAGGAGCUUCAGUUACAAAUUGCUGAGUUGACAAUAUUAGCAAGAAUCAAACAGAGUGAAAAUGGCGGAGGCGAUGAAAACGAAACUGAAAAUAACUCUGAAGCUGUUCUAGAGAAGUACUGGGAGACUAAGAGAGAACUUGAAACCCUCCGGCAGAGAAUAAGUACAGAGUAUGAAGACCAGGUGGAGCGACUGCAACACGCAAAGAAAGUACUUGAGAAAAAGCUUGCUGAUUCUGAUGCUGAAGUUGAGGACCUGAGGCGGAACCUGUCCCAGGCUCGUAAGAAAGGAUCCAAAUUUAGUUCUGAACUGAACGACUUGAAACUGAUGCUUGAGGCACAGCAGAACAGGAACGAAGAAUUGGAAAAAAGACAGAGAAAAUUUGAUUCUGAUAUUAAUUCAGUAAGAGAUGGAGCUAGCGAUGAGAAACAAGCCAGGGAGAGAUUGGAGAGAGAAAAGAAUUUAUUAUCAGCCGAUUUCACUUUAUUAGAAGAAAAAUACAAAAAAUUAAAAGAAGACCAUCAGAAACUUGAAAGUGAAAAGACUGAAAUAGAAACGGAGCUGUUGAAGAAAGGAAGCAUUAGUACUGAUAAUGAGAUUGUUUCCUUGAAAAAAAUGAAAAGAGAAUUGGAAUCAAAAGUUGAAGAGUUGGAGGACGAAGUGGAUGAUUUGAAUAUAAAAGUUGAUUCAUUACAACAAGCUAAGUCUCGUUUGGAGCUGUCACAGAAUUCCCUCAAAACUCAACAUCAAAAGGAGAUUGAGGGGAGGGAGGAAGAUAUGGAGCAGCUGAAGGCCACCAUGAACAAGAAGAUAAAGACAAUAGAACAGCAGCUGGAGGAAGAACAUGAGUCGAAGCAACAAGUACUCAAGGCUAAACGUGAUCUUGAGCGACAGAUUGGAGAGAUGCAAUCAAAGAUGACCAUUGAUCCUGAAGUGGAGAAGAAGCUGAAGAAACAAGUUAAGAAACUAAAGGCUCUCCUACAGGACGCUCAGGAAGAACUGGAACACGAGAGAGAGACGAGAAAUCAUGCCGGAGCCAUCAGAGGACUAAAAACACAAAUAGAAGAAAUGGAACUGAGAGAAAGCUCGGCUGCUAAAGCUCAGAAGAGACUCCAAGCGGAAAUGGAGGAACUAACAGCUCAAUAUGAUGAAGUGACUCGGUCUAAACUAGAGCUUGAGGGACAUUUGAGUGAGUUGCAGAGGGAGAAGGAUGACUUGGAGUCAAGGCUUGAAGAGGAUGCCGAAGAAAUGGAAGAACUGACGAAAAAACUUAGACAGAAUAUAACACAAAAUGGCCACCUACAGCAGCAGAUCACUGAACUCAAGUUUCAGAUAGAAGACUAUGAAACCAACAAGGGGAUGAUGGAAGCAAAAGUAAACAAAUUGCAGCAAAAAAUAAAUGAAUUGGAAUCUGAUAGUAACAAGCAGGAGGUUGAAGCCUCUGAAGUGCGAGUGAGAGAACUGGAACAGAAACUGGAGCUUGAGAGAUCAACAAUGAAGAGACAAGAAACGACCAUUUCUCGUUUGAGGGCACAGCUUGAGAGAGUUCAUUCUGAUAAAGCUGAAGACAGUUCUACUAAAAGUACUGAUGCCAUCAAGAGACUUCAGAAGCAGCUGAGGGAAGCCAGAGAAGAACAGCAAGAGAGUGAACGGAAGGAGCAAGAACAAAAUAAAAAGAGAAGACUCAUGGAAACUGAGAUAAAUGAAUUGCAGUCGCAACUGGCUUCAAGUCAAUCCGAUCUGAAGUCGGCUCAUAAAAGAAUUGAAGUAUUACAAGAAGCACUUGAUGAACCAGGACAAGGAGAAGAAUACAGCAGUGUGGAUGAGCUGGAGUCCAGCUCACCAAAGAGAACAAGAAAGAAAAGAGCUGACAGUGGUGGAGACAGCUCAGUGUUGUCUGAAAGAGACAUAGCUGUACAUGUCUCUGAUGAAAGCAGUGAUGAUGAUGAAUAUAUGAAACGUAUUAAUUCAAGAAAGAAACAAAGGGAGUUUACAAGUGUUGCAGCUGCUACUGCUGGUAAAGAUGACGAUGAUGAUGAUGAUGAAGAUAUAGAUGAGUUUUUAUCAAAAUUAAAAAGCAAAAGAAAGGCAGCUGAUGAUUCUUACGACAAGGAAAGUGAUGAGGAGUACUAUAGUAAAAGGAAAGGGCUUGAUUCUGAUGAGCCUGUUAGAAAGAAAGUUGAUUGGAGGGCAGCCUUGAUUAGCAGCGAUGAAGAUGAAAUCAAACCAAUAAAAUCAUCAUCAAGAGAUCAUUUAAAAAUAAGCAGUGACUCUGAUCUCAGUGAUGAUAAUAAUAUCAGAAAGAAGAGGGAUUGGGGCCUUAGCAGUGACGAAGAUAAAGAAACUGACAAACUUGAAAAACCAAAACGAAAAACCUACCUAACAGAAAGUUCUGAUGAUGAGAAAACAACUCCAAAAACUAGAAACACUACAGUAGCAUCUCCAAAGAGUUCUAUUGAGGACUCACCGUCAAGAAAAGGUGUCAAGUGGGAGGAAGAGCAAACCUCUGGAAAGACUAAUGACAAAAGUUUUCAAUCUUCUCGGCAGCGAAGAGCUAGGAGACGCUCAAGGCUCAGUAAUACAGGAACUAGUCCGGAAAAUUCACCAAAGAAAAGUUCGGAGACUUGAUAAUUCAACAAUUAUUAGUUAAUUUGGUUAUUAUUACUUUUUUGAUCACUAAACUUUAAUUUUAUUACCUCUAUUAAUCUUUAUGUGUGAUUUCAUUGCAAUUAAAACAGUAA